AUGCCAAAGGUGUUUAAGAACAAACACCAGAGAAUUCAUCAAAGUACCGAAAGUGCCAAAGAACAAACACCGGAGAAUUUACCACAUAAUACCGAAGGUGUUCAAGAACAAACACCAGAGAAUUCAUCACAUGCCAAAAGUGCCCAAGGACAAAUGCCAGAGAAUUCACCACACAAUGCCGAGAACAAACACCAGAGAAUUCAUCAUAGCGCUGAAAGUGCCAAAGGACAAAUGCUGGAGAAUUCACCACACAACGCUGAAGGUGUCAAGAACAAACAUCAGAGAAUUCAUCACAGUGCCCAAGGACAAAUGCCAGAGAAUUUACUACACAACGCCGAAGGUAUUCAAGAACACCAGAAAAUUCAUCACAGUGCCAAGAACAAAUGCUGA